CAGAACAGAGUGAAAUUUGUGGGAUGGACUAGCGAGAGAAGUAACGUCGGAUAACCUGGUUACACCAAACAGUACCUGGCCCAUACCCGGCUCAAUUUAGUGGAGGUUCCCAAAAUAGCAAUCACGUGAAUGACCCCUCCAUCCCUCCCGUUCCGCCCUUAACGUGGGGUGACUCCAUGAGAACAUCUUUAUACAACUCAAAAGUUCUCAACCCACCACGCCAGCAGAAUGGCAACCAUGACCCCCGAAGAAUCCGUCGCCCUCAUCAAGUCGAAUCUCGCCGAAGUUCUCAAUCCCGAAAUCAUCGACGAUGUCAUCCUCACACAAAAACGACCCCUCAAAGUCUACUGGGGAACCGCGCCCACAGGAAAACCCCAUUGCGGCUACUUUGUCCCCAUGAUCAAGAUUGCAGAACUAUUAGCUGCGGGCUGCGAAGUCAAGAUUCUGUUGGCUGAUGUACACGGUUGGCUUGAGACUGUGGGAGACGCCUCAUUCGAAUUGAUCCAAGCGCGUGCGAAGUACUAUGAGAAGGUCAUUAAGAGCAUGUUGACGGCAAUUGGUGUCGAUAUUACGCGGUUGAUUUUUGUGCUGGGGAGCAGUUACCAAGCGUCGGAGGCUUAUAGAUGGGACCAGUGGAAAUUUGAGAGAAUUGUGAAGGUGCCUGCCGCCAUCAAGGCGGGGAGUGAGGUAGUGAAGAAUGCCGCGGAGCCAUUCUUGGGAGGGCUGCUCUACCCUUUGAUGCAAUCGCUGGAUGAGCAAUAUCUGGAUGUGGAUGUGCAGUUUGGUGGUUUGGAUCAGCGAAAGAUCUUUACCUUUGCGCUCGAGAAUCUGCCGAAAUUGGGAUACAAAGCGAGGGCGCAUUUGAUGAAUGCGAUGGUUCCAGGUUUGGGAGAGGCCGUGAAGAUGAGUGCUAGUGAUGCGGAGUCGAAGAUUGAUUUAUUGGAUUCGCCAGAUGCAGUGGAGAAGAAAUUACGAAAGGCAAAGUGCGCGCCGAAGGAGGCUGCUGGUAAUGGUGUUGUUGCGUUUGUGGAGCAUGUUUUGAUGAGAGCCCUUGCUUUGAAGAAGGAUGGUUCAAAGUUUACCGUUUUACGGAAGGAUCAAGAGCCACUCAUCUACGAGAACGCAGAGAAACUCAAAGAGGAUUACGUUGCUGACAUCGUAUGUUCUCUUUUAUCUCACAGAGACUUGAGUCAUGACUAACAAAUUUCAGAUCACACCACAAACUCUCAAAGCCGCUCUAACAACACACCUUAACGCUCUCCUCGCCCCAAUACGCGCCGACUACGAGCUCUCCCAAGAAUGGAAAGAUGCUGAAGCCAUUGGUUACCCCACAGCAGUGAAGGUCAAGAAAGUGAAAAAGGACAAGGGAGACCCGGAAAAGAGAGCCGCUGCUGCUGCGGCGGCGGCUGCUAAGAAGGCGGUAGCUGGAGCUGGUGCUGACGAGGCUUUAGAGUUGGAGAAAUUACCAAUUACUGCUCCUGCGUAGAGCUGCAUGGAUUUUCUUG